AUGGAAAACUCUAAGGCAUGUAACCUGGUAUGGUUCCGAAGAGAUCUUCGUGUAGAAGAUAAUCCCGCGCUGCUCGCCGCGGCGAACGCGCCGGGAGUCGUCCUUCCAAUCUUCAUCUGGUGUCCAGCAGAAGAGGGUGAAUUCCAACCGGGCCGACACUCAAGAUGGUGGCUCAAGCAGAGCCUCAUUCACCUCGAUGCAUCGCUUGCAAGCUACGGCUGUUCGCUCCUCCUCCAAAAGGGGAACGACACGCUCUCUGUGCUGGUAAACAUAGCUCGAGCUACAGGAUCAACUCAGAUCUUCUGCAACCAUCUGUACGAUCCCAUCACUGUGGCCCGUGAUCGUCGUGUAAAGCAGAGACUCCUGGAGUAUGGAAUUUUUGUACACAACUUCAACUGCGACACCUUGCACGAACCGUGGGAGAUAUACGACGAACAGGGCCACGCCUUUACCACUUUCGCAGGAUUUUGGAACCGCUUCUUGCGAACGCGUUUUGAGCCAGACAUGCCUGAUUCAUCACAAGCACGAAUAUUUCCUUACCGGGGAAAUCUCCCCACUCCAUGUAGUAUAGAGGAGCUAUGCCUUGAAGAUGAGUCCGAGAAAAGUAGUAACGAGUUGCUGGCGCGGACAUGGUCCCCUGGAUGUAAACACGCAAACGAUGCUCUUCAAGCCUUCCUAGUCGCCCCUCUUAACGAUUAUACCACCAGUAGAGAGACGACAGACAACUCCACCUCACACCUUUCUCCAUACUUGCACUUUGGAGAGCUCAGCAUCCGGAAACUCUACAAUUGCAUACGGUCCAAACAGAGAGACGAAGAGCAGCUGUUCUGUCCCCGUCGGAACGCACAUCUCUUUCUUCGAGCUAUAGGCCUGAGGGAGUACUCCAGAUAUAUCAGCUUCCAUUUCCCGUUCACUCAGGAGCAAUCCCUGCUGAAAAACUUCCCCUGGAGUAACGAUGAGAUCCAUUUCAAGGCUUGGAAGCUCGGAAAAACUGGUUACCCGUUGGUGGAUGCAGCUAUGCGCGAGCUAUGGUCGACAGGAUGGCUGCACUGCAAACUUCGAGUGGUAACAUCCAGCUUCCUGAUAAAGUUUUUGCAGCUCCCUUGGACCUGGGGGAUAAAAUACUUCUGGGACACUUUGCUCGAUGCCGAUUUAGAGAGCGAUAUACUCGGCUGGAAGUACGUUUCCGGUUGCUUGACCGAUGGCCACGAACUAGACCGUGUACUCGAUCCUCACGAGGAAGGAUGUAAGCUUGACUCCAAAGGGGAGUAUGUUCGGAGAUGGCUUCCAGAACUCAGCAGGCUCCCAAACCAGUGGAUUCACCAUCCAUAUAGUGCACCUGUAAGUAGAUUACAAGCAGCUGGUGUCGAGCUAGGAACCAAUUACCCGAAACCAAUUGUGGACAUGGAGGUAGCCAAAUACCGACUGUCACAAGCUGUUAAGAGUAUGCGGGAGAAGAACGCGGUAGAACAAGCCGCAAGAACAGAGGAAGGACAAGAUGAGACAAACCCCAGGCCAAAUAGCCGGCAUAAUUUUCCAGCCGCAUUUUGCGAUCAACUGGUUCCAAGCAUAUUGACCACCUCUGCGUCACACACACAAUUUUCAGGAUCAGUCACCAGGGGAAAGCAUAUUACUUCAAACUUACCAUAGUUUGAAUGGUGUUAGUCGGGAGUUUCUUCUUCAAGAUAUGAAAACUUCACCGUGUCAGAA